AUGACCAUCGACGAGGAGAAGGGGUUCCCGCCCACGACGGCCAUACCCAGCAAGGCCUUUGACGGCGAGAAGGGCUUCGACACCAUAUCCGGCCCGGCGUCAGACGAGUCCCAGCUGUACAACAACACUGUCGUUCACCAAGACAAUGGCAUCCUCUCCAAGCUGCGCCGGCUCGAAGCCCGCAUGGACGAGAAAUUGGGCGUCGAGAGCGAGGCCAUUGACCGCAAGCGUGCCGAGGACAAGAAACCCGUGCCCUGGCAUGAGCAGCUCACCAUGGCCCUCCUGUGGGCCAGCGGGACCAUGAACACGUCCUGCUUUGCCACGGGCUUUUUGGGGUGGGAAUUCGGAUUGAGUCUCAAGCAAUCUAUCCCCAUCUACAUCUUGGCCUCUGUCCUGGGAGGAGCCGUCACUGGCUACUGCGCAACGUUCGGUGCUGCAACGGGGCUGAGGCAGAUCAGUGUCUCGCGAUACAGCUUCGGAUGGUGGCCGAACAAGAUUAUUGCCGCGCUGAACACGGUCCAACAGAUCGGCUGGGCCGCUGUGUCGUGCAUCACGGGUGGAUUGGCUCUCAACGCCGUGGCCGACGGGCACGUUUCUCUGGCUGUGGGAAUCGUCAUUCUCGCCAUUGUGGCCCUGGCCAUCUCCUUUGUCGGGCUCAACGCCAUCCUGGUCUACGAGCGCUACGCCUGGCUCAUCUUCUUCGUCAUCUUCAUGAUCAUCUUCGGCGAGACGGGCAGAUACGCCGACAACACGACCCCGUCGUCGCUGCACGGCGCCACACUCUCGGGAACCGCCCUCUCGCUCGUCGCCAUCGUCUACGGCUCCUCCGCCUCCUGGUGCACCAUGGCGUCCGACUACUACGUGCACUACCCUGCCACAGUGUCGCGGGUCAAGGUCUUCCUGAUGACGACGUUUGGCAUCAGCAUCCCGACGUCGAUCGGCAUGGUCGCGGGCGCAGUGGUGGCCUCGGCCCUCAACAACAAGCCCACGUGGCAGGACGCGUACGAGAACCAGGGAUUGGGCUUCCUGAUCCAGGACAUGCUGCACCCGCGCGGGUUCGCCAAGUUCCUGCUCGUGCUGCUCGUGCUGUCUGGCAUCAACACGAACGUCAUCUCCAUCUACUCAGCCGCGAUUUCGUGCCAGCAGUUCGCGCGCCCCUUUGCCCGCGUGCCGCGCUUCAUCUGGACCUUUGCGUGCUUCGCCGCCAUCCUGGCCCUCGCGCUCGGCGGCCGCGAGAAACUCAACACUUACUUGGUCAACUUCCUCUCCCUUUUGGGAUACUGGUGCACCUCGUACUUUGUGAUCUUGUUCUCCGAACACGUCUUCUUCCGCCGCCGCAAUUUCGCAAACUACGACCUCGACGCAUGGAACGACCCUUCUAGGUUACCCCAUGGCAUCGCCGCCUUCACGGCCUUCGGAUUGGGGAUCGUUGCAUGGUGCAUGGGCAUGGUUGAGACAUGGUACACGGGGCCCCUGGGCAAGUUGAUCGGUGAUUAUGGUGGCGAUGUCGCCAACGAGUUUGCCUUUGUGGUCACGGCGGUCGUGUACACCCCGGCGAGGUAUCUGGAGCUGAAGUACUUUGGACGAUAG